AUGAAAUAUUUCAUUUAUAAUGUAACUACAGAUGAUAUAUUCACUAAUUCUACAGAGAAUAUGACCUAUUCAACAAAUCCUGAUAUGUAUUCUUAUUUAACUGAAAUAACAUUCACAACUGAAAAAUAUAAUGGAUCACUAUCAGAAUUAUGGACAAAUUCCACUACUAUCAACAUAGUAACAGGUAAAAAAAAAAGAAAGAAAAUUUGUGUAUUUUUGAUUUGA